AGUUAACCAAGAGCGUAGAGCCAAACAGAGCAGGCGCGGCUCACGAGCGUCUCAUGUACGCAACUUGACCGUCUGUGAACCAGACUGAAUCUGAAUCGGCGGAAAAGCAUAGUUUUUGAGCUGUGAGGCUCUCGCUAUAUCGUGGGAAGAGAUGAUCCUGUCUUCGGGACUGACAUAACGGUCAAAGGGUGGCUCAGUGAACAUGGCCCCAAAUUCCAUCCACUGGUUCCGGAAGGGCCUCCGUCUCCAUGACAACCCUGCACUUCAGGAGGCAGUGCGUGGGGCGGACACUGUUCGAUGUGUCUACUUCCUGGAUCCCUGGUUCGCUGGGUCGUCCAACCUUGGGGUCAACAGAUGGAGAUUUCUCCUGCAGUGCCUGGAUGAUCUUGAUUCCAAUCUAAGAAAACUCAAUUCCCGCCUUUUUGUCAUCCGAGGACAACCAGCCAAUGUUUUUCCACGCCUUUUCAAGGAAUGGAAAAUAUCAAGGUUGACCUUCGAGUAUGACUCAGAACCGUUUGGGAAGGAGAGGGAUGCAGCUAUUAAAAAGCUUGCCAUGGAGGCUGGAGUUGAAGUCAUUGUCAAGAUCUCACACACCCUUUACAACCUUGAUAAGAUCAUUGAACUAAAUGGUGGUCAGCCUCCCCUCACAUACAAACGUUUCCAGACUCUGAUCAGCAGAAUGGACCCACCGGAGAUGCCAGUGGAAACUCUUUCCAACACCAGUAUGGGCUGCUGUGUCACACCUGUCUCUGAAGACCAUGGGGACAAAUAUGGUGUGCCCUCCCUAGAAGAACUAGGAUUUGACAUUGAGGGACUACCUUCUGCUGUCUGGCCAGGAGGUGAAACUGAGGCAUUAACAAGGAUCGAAAGGCAUCUGGAGCGAAAGGCUUGGGUUGCAAAUUUUGAAAGACCCAGAAUGAAUGCCAACUCUUUGCUGGCCAGUCCGACUGGCCUGAGUCCCUACCUCCGUUUUGGCUGCCUGUCCUGCCGCCUCUUCUAUUUUAAACUCACAGACCUCUACAGAAAGGUAAAGAAAACCAGCACUCCUCCUCUCUCCCUCUAUGGUCAGCUGCUGUGGAGGGAAUUUUUUUACACUGCUGCCACCAGCAACCCACGAUUUGAUAAGAUGGAAGGCAACCCGAUCUGUGUGCGCAUCCCCUGGGACAAGAACCCAGAGGCUUUGGCCAAGUGGGCUGAAGCUAAGACCGGUUUUCCCUGGAUUGAUGCCAUAAUGACCCAGUUGCGGCAGGAAGGCUGGAUCCACCACCUGGCCCGUCAUGCUGUCGCUUGUUUUCUCACUCGUGGAGACCUGUGGAUCAGUUGGGAAGAGGGCAUGAAGGUGUUUGAGGAGCUUCUUUUGGAUGCUGACUGGAGCGUGAACGCAGGCAGCUGGAUGUGGCUCUCCUGUAGCUCUUUCUUUCAACAGUUCUUUCAUUGCUACUGUCCAGUGGGUUUCGGCAGACGCACUGACCCUAACGGCGAUUUCAUUAGACGAUAUUUACCUAUUCUCCGAGGUUUCCCUGCCAAGUAUAUCUAUGACCCAUGGAAUGCCCCAGACUCAGUGCAGGCUACUGCCAAGUGCAUCAUCGGCGUCCACUACCCCAAACCCAUGGUGAACCAUGCUGAAGCAAGCCGCCUCAACAUCGAGAGGAUGAAGCAGAUCUACCAACAACUUUCGCGCUACAGAGGACUUGGACUUCUGGCCUCCGUACCAUCCACACACAACGGAAAUGGGAAUGGGAUGGCAUACUCCCCAGGGGAACAGCAGUCCGGGACCAAUACACCAGCACCAGCUGUAUCGGGCAAUUCUGUUGCUAGUGGUAACAGGAGUGGAAGUAUUCUGCUGAACUUUGACAGUGAAGAGCACCAGGGACCAAGUGGAAUUCAGCAACAAAAACAGCAGCAAUUAGGAUACCACCACAUGCCUGACACAGGACACAACAGUCGACUUUACCAGUGUAAUGUCUCACAUGACAUGGCAGGCCCCCAACAUUCAGCAGGACACGUGCCGCACACAGGAGGAAGCGUGACAGGGAAAAGGGAGAGGGAGUCGGAACGAGAUCUUGAAGGUGAAGAUGAUAGCCUCUCUACCUCUCACAAGUUACAACGGCAAAUUGCAGAGGUCACUUCAGUUCAUGCCACCAGAGGGAACCAGUCAAGUAUGAAGAGUUAAAUGGACAUAUCAUUGCUCUGAGCAGAACAGAUUCAAAAUGAGGCAGAGUCUAAAUGGGACUGACUUUCUCUAUUUGAGUGUAGAUAUGUUUUCCAUUAAACAACUCUCAAGCUUUGGAAAAAAGCAGUUUGACAAUUUUUUUAUUUUAUUCCUUUCCCCCCAUUGUUUCCCUAAUCUUACAUGUUCAACGAAUAUGAAUGUUAACUGAGAAUUCAUUUUUAUCAUUUAAUGAAAUUCAGUUACUUUAAAAAGAAGUUAAUGAUUUUACAUCCGUUGACAGAAAAACAACCACAAAAAGGUUUUUCCUUGUUUCCUUGGUAAACCCCUUUCUCUUUUGGCCAUCUUUGUGAUUUGUUUCAUCAUUGCACAGAUAAGGGUUUUAUUUACUGUCAAGUGAACCUUACCAAGUGGGAUUAAUGUAUCAGCUUUUAUUAAACAGAAUAAAGCUGAGCUUCAUUGUACACUCGUUGCAGCUAGGAUUUUGUAAGUAUUUUUGCAGUUUGGUUGGUACCAGCACCAGCCAUCGGUUGGAAACAUAAACUACAACCAUCACAAAACACUUUUGUACAUAUUUCUCUGACAUUUUCUCAUUGUACAGUUUCACUGAUUCUCAGUAGAGUGGUGUAUGUGCCACUUUUUGUAAACAUAAAAAUUUAUACAGGUUUAUUUUAUAUAUUGGUGUUUCAUUCUUUGCCAGUUUAAUGUAUUAGUGUUUCAAUUUACUCAGAAAAUCAAUAUAUAUAUAAAUAAUAAAUACCAGCAGAGCUGAUGUUUCAAAAUAGGUUUUAAAGAUUUCUAGAUUUUAAAAUUUUCUCCAUAAAUUUACAUUGUUUAACCGAUUUUAAACCCUUAUGUUUUAACUUUGGACCCAUUUGUAAAUUCUAUCAGGGACAGAACUGUGGUGGACCACGGUUCUUGAAUGUUUUUAAAUAGGCUACAUUGGUCCAUUAAAUGCAUCUAUAGCUACAGUAUCUUCUUCAUUGUCAUGCUUGGCAGACACACACAGACAGCUGACCUUCACGGUCAGGCCUUAAACACUGAUAAAAACGCCAAAGCCAGGAAAUGACUCUGGAAAAGAAAAUCAUCCUAGCUCAUUGACCACUGCAUCUGUGAAGCAAACCUUUAUGGAUCUUUAGGAAGGAAAUGUAUGGAAAAUGAAUGAAGACACCCUGUUGUAUCACUACCCCUUAAAAUCUCUUGGCAUGUUUUUUCUUUUUAUUUUAUAAAUCCCAAAUAUUUGAAAUUCAUCUGUAUGUGCCUAUUCAGGUAAAGCAAAACAAUCUAGAGGCAUCAUCUGACAGUAUUAAUAAUAACAUGACAUUUUUACACUGACUGACAUUCCAAAAAUAAGCAAAACUUGACUAUUGAUCCCUUUUUUGUUUUUGUUUUGUUUUUAUUGUGAUAUUGGUUUUGCUGCAGUCUUUUUUAUAGCUUUCUUCUGUAACUUAAAAAUGAGAGUAAUUAACAUCUGGUUUAUAAUAUAAUAACACUGGCCUUUCCUCUGGGAAGGUAAACAAUAAUUAGGAUUACGAAAAUGUUUAGCCUCUCUAUUUGGCCACAAAUGCUUUAUACCAAAUGCCCUCUACAGACCAAAUAUCAUUUAUCAAAUUUAGCUGUUGGUUCCCUACUAGAUUGCCUCAACAAUUGCCCUAACAAAUAUUGGUCACAAUAUUAAGAAUGGAGAAACUGAGAUUUUAUUCUUAUGAUAAAUCCACCACAAUGUUUACAGUGUCACCAACACAGAAGCCCUCAUGACAACUAUUGUGCAUAACUAUACCAUGUAUAUAAAUGUAUGGGCUCUCGAGUUCAUGUAUGGUUGUUUAUCAUGGUGAUCUGGCAACCUCUAACUGAACUGGACUAAAGCUGUUGGGCCUGAAUUUGUGUUUGUAUAGCUGGAUCUGCUUUGACACCGUGACAUCUGUAUUGCUGUUGCCGACCAGGAGAAAUAUUCGGUUCUGUGAAUGUUUUGAUAUGACAAUUGUAGAAACCUCAGUGCUUUUUGACUUAUGUCUCUGUGCUAUUAUGGUUUGUUUUUGUCACAACAGAAGAAGUGAACCAUUUCUGUUUUCUCCCCAUUUGAAUUAGUUAUAUGAAUUUUGUUUUUAUUUUCUUUCUGUGGAAUAUAUGUGACGUUAAGUCUAAAACUUGUCCUCAAGUCUGUAAACAGUUGUAAAAGUAAAUCUGAUUGAAACUGGA